UUAAAGCAUCAGAGGGCGAUGGCCCUCCCAGCAGAGCUGGUCCUGGGACUCCAAACCCUGGUGACUCUCCUGAGCCCCCAGGAAGCAGGGGCCAUCAAGGCCGACCACGUGGGCUCCUACGGACCAGCCUUCUACCAGUCUCACGGUGCCUCCGGCCAGUUCACUCAUGAAUUUGAUGGGGAACAGCUGUUCUCUGUGGACCUGAAGGAAAGGCAGGCUGUGUGGCGUCUGCCUGAAUUUGGCGACUUCGCCUACUUUGACCCACAGGGAGGGCUGAACAGCAUCGCCAUGAUCAGAGACCACCUGGACGUCCUGGUGGAACGCUCCAACCGCACCAGAGCCACCAAUGUGCCUCCAAGGGUGACCGUGCUCCCCAAGUCUCGGGUGGAGCUGGGCCAGCCCAACAUCCUCAUCUGCAUUGUGGACAACAUCUUCCCACCUGUGAUCAAUGUCACCUGGCUGCGCAAUGGUCAAACAGUCACCGAGGGAGUGGCCCAGACCAGCUUCUAUUCCCAGCCUGACCAUAUGUUCCGCAAGUUCCACUACCUAGCCUUUGUGCCCACGGCCAAGGACGUCUAUGACUGCCGGGUGGAGCACUGGGGCCUGGACGCGCCACUCCUCAGGCACUGGGAGCCCCAGGUGCCUACCCCGCUGCCAGAUACCACAGAAACCCUGCUGUGGGCCCUGGGCCUGGCCAUGGGCCUGGUGGGCUUCCUUGUGGGCACCAUCCUCAUCAUCAAAGGCACAUGCCAGUCCAGUGCUCCCAGGUAAUGACCUCUCUGAGAGAAGCGAUUGUCAAGACA